AGCUCCAUUCUGUCAGGAACGGAGCGAGACGUUUGGUGAAAGUGCGGUGAAAGCGAUAUAAAUCUCGACCGGAGCUGAGCGUAAGAAUCUUGACCGCAAAGGAAGUCAGCGAAGUGCGCGGAAGAGACGUACAAAUGGGAUGACCAUGUAUGCUGUCGUUCGCGUUUUCGAAGGUGCAAACGAUCAUCAACGUGUUCGGCUGUGCUCAACACCUUCGAUCGUGUGUAAGUCAGAGGUGCUGCAAGACGUCGAAACACCAUCGAUUGACCAAGUAUCUCUGACCAUGGAUGGGCUGCGACGUCUCUUGUGAAGCUAAUUCUUUCCGCGAACUUUGCGGGGAAUGAUGCCAAUGAUCAGUCU